UUGGGGAAUAUAUCUUCUUACCUGCUCAUAUAACUUCCUCUUUUUCUCAAUAAAAUCGUCACUUGUCUCCCAUGCAGUCACAGACGUUUUGAAAUUUAAUAUAUAUAUAUAUAUAUAACUCUUCUAUCUCUUAGGGUUAGGGUUUGAAUUGAAUCGAAAAGAAUCGAUGGCUCCAUCGUUGAUCUACAGCUUCAUGAUGGGAGGGACGGCUAUUCUUGCAGAGUGCCCCAAUAAACAGGAUCAGGAGGUUGUGGCUUCCCUGGCUCUGAAAUGGCUCCCGACGCUCCCCCGUUCAAUGAAUAUGGUCACUUACGACCGUGACGAUGGCUACAUCUUCAACUACCUGAUUGAUGGGAGAUUGACAUACUGUGUAGUUGCAGCUGAGGCUAUUGGUCGAGAAAUUCCUCUUGCCUUCCUCAACAAAAUCAAUAAGGAUUUUACUGGCAAAUAUUGUCGGCCGUUAGUUGAAGCACUAUUUGCAAACAGUCUGAACAAUGAAUUAGGGUCCAAAAUGAAGGUGCAUAUGGAACAUGCUGAGGUGAAAGCUGCUCAGGUUUCAAAAGACAAAGAAGUUGCAAUAGAAAACAUUGAGAAGAAUCAAGGGUUGUGCUUGAGAAGAAAAUCGAGGUCUCCAUCGAUGAUCUAUAGCUUCAUGGCGCACGAGACUGUGAUUCUUGCAGACUGCUUGCUAUAUGAGGAUAUGGCCGCUUGCAUGGCUGUGGAUAUGCUCCCUCUGCUCCCCCGUUCGAUAAAUAAGAUCACCUACGACCGUGAUGGCUACACGAUCAAUUACCUGCUUGAUUGCAACUUCACAUACUGUGUAGUCGCAACUGAGGCUAUAGGUCGAAAAAUUCCUCUUGCCUUCCUCGAUCAAAUCAAAAAGGAUUUAACUGGCCGAUUGAGUAGAGGAUUAGCUGCACCAACAGUUCCAAAUAGUCUGAACAAAGAGUUUAGGCCCAAACUGAAGGAGCGUAUGAGAUAUGCUAAGGUGAUAGCUGCUCAAGUCAGUAUAGGAAAGGAUGAUGACAAUGACGAUGACGAUGACGAUGACGAUGACAAGGACGAUGACGAUGACGAUGACAAGGACGAGGACGAGGAAGACGACGAGGACGAGGAAGACGAUGAGGAGGAGGACGAAGAUGAGAAAGAGGUUGAGGAAGACGACGAGAAUGGGGAUGAGUGA